GUGACCUCCAAAUUGAUAGCCUGAAAGUGUGUUUAUAAACAAUAUCAGCAACAUAAAAAAUACUCCGUAUAAGAACAGGCCACAAAAGAAAAUCAGAUGGAAAUGGAGUUACACAAUCCCAUCCAUCUCUCAGCUGAAGCCACAGGCGCAAGUGUGCUUGCCUUAAUACUAGUUCUUUAUUGCCUAGUAAGAUUGAAGAUGAAUACUGAUAAUGCCAAACAAAAACCACCCCAACCAUCUGGUUCAUGGCCUAUUAUUGGCCACCUACCUCUUUUGAGAAGAGGGCUUCCUCACAUAACCUUGGGAAAUUUAGCCGAUAAAUAUGGUCCAAUUUUCAUGGUAAAGCUUGGUGUCCACCGUGUCUUAGUUGUGAGCACCUCUGAAACAGCUAAAGAGUGCCUAGGGACCAAUGACAAAGCAUUCGCAAACAGAUCCCACACAAUAUUUAUGGAGCAUCUAGGUUACAAUUCUCUCAUGCUUGGCUUCAGCCCUUAUGGUAAAUACUGGCGCGAGAUGCGUAAGAUGGUCGUGAUUGAGCUUUUGUCCAAUCAUCGACUAGAGAUGUUAAAAUGUGUAAGUAUAUCUGAGGUAAGAUCAGCCAUGAAAGUGAUACAUGAUGGGUUCUUGAGCAAGAAAAAAUCAAGUCCAGGCUUUAAUAAUAAUGUAAUAGUGGACAUGAAGCAAUGGUUUAAUGACAUAAACUUAAAUAUUACAAUGAGAUUAGUAGCAGGAAAAUCACUCAAGGAAUUCUACCACAGCAAAGAAGCAUAUAAUAAGUGCGUAAAGGCAUUGAGAGAUUUUUUUGACUUGGGAGGUGCCUUUGUUCCUGCUGAUGCUCAUCCAUUCUUGAGGUGGAUGGAUAUUGGAGGAUAUGAAAUGGCCAUGAAGAAAGUCGCAAAGGAAAUCGACCAUGUAGCUCAAGAUUGGUUGGACGAGCAUAGAGCAAGACGACUCUCUGGGAAAGGAAAAGAAAUGCAGGACUUUAUGGAUAUAAUGCUUGAAUAUUUUGAAACUAUACAGAAUAAGCCUACACAAUCUGAUGCAGAUACAAUCACCAAGGCUAAUAGCAUGGCACUGAUACUAGCAGGAACAGACACCACAACAGUAACCUUAAUAUGGGCACUAUCAUUGCUAAUCAAUAACAGAGAAUCUCUGAAAAAGACUCAAACUGAGAUUGACAACCAUGUGGGCAAAGACAGGCAAGUCGAUGAAUCAGACCUCCAGAAAUUAGUAUACUUGCAAGCUGUCCUAAAGGAGACUAUGAGGCUAUAUCCAGCCGGGCCACUAACACAACGAGAAGCCAUUACAGAUUGUACUGUCAGUGGUUACAAGAUCCUUGCUGGAACACAACUCUAUGUCAAUCUUUACAAGAUACACAGGGACCCGAAAUUGUGGGCUAACCCGUUGGAUUUUCAGCCUGAAAGGUUUCUUACCACUCAUAUGGAAUGUGAUAUCAGAGGGCAAAACUUUGAACUCAUUCCUUUUGGUAGUGGCCGAAGAAUUUGUCCUGGAAUAUCUUUUGCCCUUCAGUCUACGCAGUUCACAUUGGCUAAUUUACUCCAUGGUUUCGAUAUCUCAACUCCAUCUGAUAAAGCUGUCGACAUGACUGAGGGUCUUGGUAUGACCAACCUCAAAGCCACACCACUUGAAGUCCUCCUCAGCCCCCGUCUUCCAGACCACGUUUAUAAAUUGUAAUAUCUCCUAGUCGAUCUGGUUGUUGAUUGAUCGUGACCCAUAGAGAAUCAGCAUUCACCGGCCAUGUAUGUGUCAUUAGUCUUACUACUUACGAUAUAUGUCAGUCACAUAUCUUAUGUGGAAUAACUUAGAUUGCUAAAUGACUCCAACAGAGGAAAGGUGAUGGAGCAAAAUAGUCCACGCUAUCUCAUCUGUUGAAAUGAAUAUGUUAUUCCUACAGCAUUACCAUAGACCAGGUCCAUUAAGAAGAUUACCACACUAUAUGUA